UCAAGAGACCAUUUUUAGUUAGUAUUUGUGCAAGCGCUAAAAUCGGUUGUGUCAAAAAGAAGUUAGGCCUAACUCUUUAUGUUUUUAUCCCAGAUUGAACUGCAUUCUGCGGAUCAUGGCAGCUUCAUCUGAUGCUGAUAUUUUUGAGGUGGUUAAUCAAGCUCUGCAGGGAUUCAACAAUGAUGAGAAUGACGUGGACCACGGCGAUCAACUGGACGACUGCCUGGCCACCAUGACCAUGGUCAAAGACACCAAGGAGAGAUACACUGCACAGAUAGAACGCCUGAGGGAGGAGGUGGCAUCAUUGGAAGAGCAGGUGGAAGCAGACGAGCAGAAACUGCUGCAGAUCAAGAUGAAGUCCUUGGAUAGGAUACAGUCAUCACUUCAACUUGGCAAGAAUUCUUCAAGCAUUGGUACCGAUCAGGCUACACAAGAUCAUUUGAAACUCCAAGCUACCUUCACCGGUAUCCAGUACACGGACGCCACAGUGAGGAUUGUCAAGCAGGAAGCAGGGCGGACUACCAGGCAACACUGUCUGCAGGGCCAGUGCUCUGGGCUGAGCUUCCAGGUUGAGUUUGGAGUGCAGGAACGAGCGCUUAAAGACUCAGAGAAAAAGCAUUUUCCUUCUGGCAGCAACCAGGACACCAGGUCCCGGGUGACAACGCUAGCGAUCCAGAUUGACGACAGAGCAUCGUGGGAACUGAAAGGGUUCGUCCGAGAUGCUGAGCGGGAUCGCGCCCUGCAGCCAUUCCUGAGGGGGUACGGCCAGUACGCACAACGGUUCGUCGGUCGACAAAAGGCCUUUGAGCAUUUCAAGACGCAGUACCCAGAGGUUGUGACGUUACCGCAAGGUUCCUUUGGUCCUAUCAUGAAGUUUGGCAGACCAUCUCAGGGCAGUGUUCAGUACAUCGUUACGUGGAACAUCAGUUUGUCUUCUACUGGGAGAGCAGAUCAAGAGAUAUCACUCCAAGUCUCGUCCUCCAAGCAAAUUCGGCAGUUAGAUGAGCAGAAAGUCCUGAGUUCGGCACCAGAGAAGUUCCAGCAAAUGCUAGAAAGACUUGGCAUCGAGAGGACCAUAGACAGUUUCAUCCAGGCAGUGACAACGUAACGAGGCCUCCACACUCUGUGUCUACAGACAGCAGUGACAACGUAGCGAGGCAUACACACUCUGUGUCUACAGACAGCAGCGAUAAAAUGCUUCAGAGACCUUGCCAGAACGAUAGACUGCUACAUCUUGGUAAUAACACAAGUUCCAGGUCGACCUGUUCUUGUGUGUUUGGAGACAUGGACAAACAUCGACAGAAGUACGCAGAAGUGCCUACCUUCCCACUCAGGGUGCGGCAGCGGAUUUCACAAAACUUAACGCACGGUGGAAAACUUCGCUUACGUCACAUUUUAUAGCUUAAGAUUCUUUUCACAGUUGCCAUGCGAUUUUGGACAAAAAGUUGGACAAGUGUAUUUUCAAAACUGCAGGCGUACCCAAACAGCCGUUUCAAAAGCUGUUACAAUCCUUGUCCAAUUGUUGCGCAGCUGCGCCAAGUUUUGU